ACAAACUGGUGUCAGUUAGACGAGAGGAACGGACACAAGCCUGAAGCAGACUUGAGAAGAACAGGGAGACAAUGAAGUCCUUCAUUGGGAGUUUGGUUUAUUGCCUCUCUAUUCUGCUGCUGGAUCUCUGCGAAUCCUACGACCUUAAUAAUCCAUCCUACAUUUCAGCCCAAAGUUACGCUCAGAGAAGAAACAACGCACUUCCACACCGGACACUGAACCCAGCGGUAUACAGAAGUAAAUACUGGUUAGAUGGACCUGAUAACCCUCACAAACAGAAGAGGAGGAUUUUGCCCAGUCUUAUCCCCGUAGCUUAUCCAGCACCCACAGCUCCUUCUCAACUCAAACUUCAUGCCUGGCUCAAAGACAUACCCACUGCAAAAAUGUAUAAUGUGAAUAAAGACCAAUCACCACAUGUGGCAAGCAAACACCUGAAAGGUGAAUGGGCCCCGAUAAUUUGCAGAAAAGUUCAUGAUUCAGAUCAAAUAGUUAUAGUUACAGGAGAAUCAGGGGAAAGUAAAGAUGUGUCAAAUCUUCCUCAACGACCAUAUACAAGUCCAGAAAAAUCUGUGGUUUUAAUGGAGGAAGCAACAAAUAGCCAAGCAAUCUUUCCAACAGAUGCUUCUGAAUUAGGUAUUUCCUCAACCUUAACCCUGGCACAAUCUUUAAAUGUCUCUCUGCCUCAGAAAUUCAUGACUCAGUCUAUGUCAACAUUGGAUCAGGAAUCAAAUUUGCAAGAGACCUCAUCCCAAUCCCUUCCAAUCACCACCGUGACAUCAGAGACAUUUCCUCAGAGUACUUUCUCUGAAUCAUUGUUGGCAUCAACCCUUAUGUCAGAAACAUACUCCCAAGGCACUUUAUCUCAAUCUUUGCCAAAAUUUGCCUCUACUCGAGAGACAUUUCUUCAAAAAAUCCAACCUCAAUUUGUGUUAAAACCCACAUUUAAACUAGAGGCAUUUGCUGAAAGUACCUUCCCUGAAUCCUUGUCAACAUCUACACUGACACCUGAGACCCAUUCCCAAAGCACUCCACCCCAGUCAGUGCCAACAUCCACUCAUGUAUCAGGGACUUAUUCCCCAAAAAUCUCAUCUCUUUCCCUGUCAACAUCAACAUUAACACCAGAGACGCAUGGCCUAAGUGAUUCACCAAAGCCCAUGCCAAUGUCCAGAUCAGGUACAUAUUCCAGAAAGACCUCAACCCAAUCUCUGUCAACAUCCACAUUAAAACCAGAGACAAAUUGGCAAAUGGCACCAGAGCCUGUGCCAUUGUCCACUCAUAAAUCAGAGCCCAAUUCCAGAAAGAUCCCAUCCCAAUCCAUGUCAACAUCCAGUCUGACAGAAGAGGCAAAUCUUCAGACUGCCCCACCACAGUUCCCAUCAAUGUCUACUGUGCCACAAGAAUCAUUUCAAGAGGCACCAGGCAGGAUUAAUAUCCACAACAGCAUAGAUACCACAGGGUGGACAGCUACAGAUUCACAGUGUAGGAGCCGUCCUCUGGACCUGGUCUUCAUCAUUGACAGCUCACGCAGUGUGCGCCCAGGUGAGUUUGAGAAGGUCAAGAUCUUCCUGGCUGACAUGGUGGACACUCUUGAUGUCGGUCCCGAUGCCACACGAGUCGCAGUGGUGAACUACGCCAGCACGGUCAAGAUUGAGUUCCUGCUGAAAAGCCAUCUUACGAAAGACACUAUAAAGCAAGCAAUCACCCGCAUCGAACCCUUGGCUGCAGGAACCAUGACUGGUAUGGCUAUCAAGAAAGCCAUGGAUGAAGCAUUCACUGAAAAGUCAGGAGCCCGGCCCAAAUCGAAAAACAUCUCAAAGGUCGCCAUCAUUGUUACUGAUGGGCGUCCUCAGGACCAAGUCGAGGAGGUGUCUGCUGCAGCACGGGCUUCAGGGAUUGAGAUUUACGCAGUCGGAGUGGACAGAGCUGACAUGCGGUCACUGAAGCUUAUGGCCAGCAAUCCACUUGAGGACCAUGUGUUCUACGUCGAGACCUAUGGAGUCAUUGAGAAGCUCACAUCGAAGUUCCGGGAGACAUUGUGCGGUAUGGACGCCUGUGCCAUGGGUCAUGACUGUGAGCACAUUUGUGUCAGCAGUGGCUCCUCCUAUUACUGCCAGUGCCGGAAGGGCUAUAUUUUGAACGAAGACCAGAAAACAUGUGCCCUAAAACAUGUGGAUGCCUGUGAAAUGGGACACAGCUGUCAGCACAUUUGUGUGAGCAGCAGCAACUCGUAUCAAUGCAGGUGCCUCCCAGGCUUUGUCUUGAACGACGACAAGCAAACCUGCUCCAUUAGAGGUGCUGGUGCUUAUGGACAGGGCGACAGUGUGCACAAGGGUGACCGAAAAAGAAAGAAUGAUGCCAACCAAUCUAGUUCCAAUGUGGAUGUGUGUGCUUUGGGCCACGACUGCCAACACACUUGUGUCUCCAGCGGUUUGUCCUAUUACUGCACGUGUCCAACUGGCUUUGUCCUGAUGGAGGACAAGAGAUCAUGCUUCAAAGCCAGUGAUGCUGAUGCUGAUGGUAGUGCCAGUCUGGACUACUGUAUGCUGGGUCAUGAAUGUGAACACAUUUGCGUCAGCGAUGCUGCUGCCUAUCACUGUGAGUGCCGGCGGGGUUUUGUCUUGCAAGAAGACAAGAAAACAUGUUCCAAAAAAAAGGUGAAGGUGGAGAUUGUUCAGGAUCCCUGCAUGUGUGAAGCCCGACUGGCUUUCCAGAGGCAAACACAAACCUCCAUUCAGGACCUCAAUGCCAAACUUGCUGCUGUCACAAGAAAGGUUGAGCAAAUGGAAAACAUGCUUGGACGCAUGUAAUAGAGAAAUGAAUGCAGGGUCAACAUGAUCUGUGAGCUUCAGCCAACAUACAUCUGUCAUCUCAUCAAUCAGUUUGUGCCUUCAAAACACAGAAAAGUUACAUAUAUAUGUUCACAGAUCAGUGACAAGCCCAAAAAAGUAUAUUCAGUUUAAGUCAUUCAUAAAGGAUUGAUUGUUUAUGUGCAAUGAUGUGAUUUUGCUCAGUAAGAAUAACCUUUUCAUUUUAAUGUUAUGCAUCUGUAUAUUAUAUGAAUUAGGGCUGCACAAUAUAUUGUUUCAGUACCGAUAUCGCAAUGUGCAUAUUUGCAAUAGUCACAUCACAAGAUAUGCAAUGUUGAGUCUGAAUUAUAGUUGACCAGGAGUUACAGAAUUGCAUUCAAUUACUGUAUUUAAACUGAAUUUAUAUCAUUUAUUUUCUUCUUUUGUUUCUAGUCCAAAUAGUUAAAUAAUAAUAACAUUUUUCAAGCGAAAACAAUAUAUAUUUAUUUACUUGUUUUAAAAACUAAACAUUAUUUCUAUCUAAGAAUUUUUAGAUAUUUAAACUAGAAAUAAUACAAAGUCAAAAAAAGUGUUUGCAUUUGCAAAGUUUUGCAUUGUGAUCAUUUAAUUUCUGUACCUGAAUACUG